CACGAGUGAGACUCGUCGUCGUUCCGUACUCGACUCCUUUUCUCUCGUCUUCCAGCAUUCACGAGUCGAUGGCGUGCGGAAUCGUGCGGUGAAGAGGUUUCGACCGCGUCCGCGACGUUCGUCCUGCUCGGAGAUAGAAAAUUUUAGUGGGUCAUACUGGGCAGCCGGUGAGAUGGAAGAGAAUGGAUAAGGAUGAUCCCUUCCGGUCGCCAUCAAUCCUUCCGGCCUUCCUCCUCCUCUGUCUUCUCCCAGCUUCCUUCCAUCAGCCCGUCUCAGCCAAGACCGAGCAAGGAACGCAGCACGCUCGCGAGGAACCCGACGUCUGGAAGAGGUACUCUUCGAAACGCGUACGAAAAGUCGGAUCGAAAGAAAGGAAAUCGCGGCGUCCGAUCGCGCCUUCGUUCGGCCUCGUCCCUAGGUCCGUGGGGUUCCUCCGCUCGGGUUUGAGCGCCUCUGAAACGGGACGUGAUCUCGGGGGAGCCCGGGACGGGGUCGUCCGGGAUGGGGUCGUCGUCCUGCGAUCUGCAUCCCGAGCGAAGAAGACUCUCUGCGUGCAUCGCCAAAGGGUUAAGAGUGUACGGACGGGACCGGGAGCAGAAGAAAAGGAAGGCCCAGACUUCAUACGGAAAGAAGAGUCAUUUGCCGUCUCGAAGCCGAAGGAAACGAGAUCCCACGAUCCACGGUCGUCCUCAUCUCGUCCGGUGCCACGGAUCCUUGGAUUCGGGCCGACCCGAUCCCACGCACGUGUUGCGGCCGUGCAGAGCAACAGGAACCGCUCGGAAUCCACUCGGAAGAGUGGAUUUAAAAUGCUAGGAAACGAUGACGGUCGAUGCUACCUGAGCACGGGAGGAGGGAGCGUGACGCUCCUGGUGCAGGAGAGCGUGGAACCCGGGCAGGAGGUAGGGAGCGUGGACGUCGUGGGGGAGCCCGAUCGAGACAUCCGGCUUUCGCUCAUCCAAGGCCAGGAGCACGUGGACAUCGUCCCCGGCACCAAGAUCCUCCGUCUCAAGCAUCCACUCGAUAGAGAGGGAGAAGAGGGUCCCCCCUCGUUGAACCUCGGAGUGGAAUGCGUUCGCAUCGGUACAAAUUAUCCCGUGAGUUUCUCUCCGGUGGAUUCUCGUCCCGUCGCGGUUGCAGGGUCUGAAAGACCGGAUGGGUUCCAGGCGGUGGUGAUCCCCGUGUACGUGAAGGUGCUGGACGACAACGACAACGCCCCCGAGUUCGUCGGAGCCCCCUACACCGUCAACGUCUCGGAGUUGACGGUUCCGGGGUCGACGAUCCUGACGGUUCGAAGCCGCGAUAAGGACCAGGACGGCCCUCACAGUACCGUACAGUACGCCAUCGUCCAGGGUCUUCAUUCCGACCUGGUGGAGUUCGUGCCGGGCCCGUCGGGUGGGCUCCGUCUCCGAGAGCGGUUGGACCACGAGAAACUGAGCCGGUUCACGGUCGGGAUCCGGGCGCUGGACCAGGGUCAGCCGGUCCGGCACUCGGAGUCCAGCAUCACGGUCAUCGUCCUCGACGGCGACGACCAGAACCCCAAGUUCCACCAUCCCAAGUACACUGCCAAGCUGCCUGAACCCCCCAAAAAGGGGCUGCUGCUAGCAGUGGAGCCUCGAGGGAUCAGCGCGUACGACCAGGACGUCGGACUCAACGUGCCGCUGCUCUACUCACUCGAUGCAGACGAGGAGGAGUCCAAGUACUUUUGGAUGGACCCGUACACGGGGAAGGUACGAGUGAAAGAGGACAUCCCGGAUUCCGCCCUUCGGCAGCCCCUCACUCUUCUCAUUAAGGCGACGCAAUCGGACAACCCCGAUCGGACGGCGGUGUCCACGUUGACGGUGUCCAGAGAUGGCUUGUUCUUGGAGAGACUGGAAUUCCUCCAGGAAGUGUUCUCGGCGGUCGUGAUGGAAAGCAUCCCCGUCCCCUCCACCAUCAUUCGGCUGGCCACGAAUCACAUCGCCGACAAGAGCCUGAUGUUCACCUUCGAGUCGGCCCCGGAGGAGAGAGGGAACAUUGAUUGGUUGAAGUCGUUUGCCGUGAAUUCUCAGCACGAUCUCGUCCUCCGGAAACCUCUCGAUUACGAGCAGAGGAAUCGUUUUUUAUUUCGAGUCCUCGCCUCCAACGGUAUCACGAACGCGAGUGCGUGGAUCAACGUGACUGUACUGAACGUGAACGACCACGACCCGGAGUUCGACGCGCCCGAGUACGGGUUCGUGGUGACCUCGAACGCCCCCCGCCCCGGGAUCCGCGUGGGCGGGGUGAAGGUCAAGGACCGAGAUGCCGGGGAUCGCAUCUCCCUUCACCUCCGGGGUCCCCACGCCAGGUCCUUCUCGGUGGAAGAAGACGGGAGCGUUUACCUCAGGAACAUGGCGGUACUCAACGUCUCGACGGCGCAUUUCGUCGUCAUCGCCAGGGACUCCGGCUCUCCGCCGAGACAGGCGUCGGUACCGGUGUCGGUGAGGUUCCCGUCGGGCUUGGUCAGCGGACUGGGCUGGGGCUGGGGAGUCGGGGAAGAUGCCUCCUCCUGGUUGCUCAUCGCUAUGGGCAUCCUGCUCGGCAUCCUCUUCUUCACCGUCAUCGCCCUCAUCCUCUACAUCUCCAAAAGUCGAAGUGCGGAGGAAGGGAGCGAGGACGAGAGGAGAGGAGGAAAGAAGAGGGGGGAGAACGGGUUGGGGAAUCGGGUGGGACCAGCCCCCCUCAUCCCAGCCUUCAACGUCUCCCUUCAAACCCCUUCCACCUCUCCUUCGCCUUUCAACCGGAUUCCCUCCGCUUACAGUGGAACGAGCAGGAACGGGACGGUGAGGAACCCGUUGGCGUUGGGAAUCGGAAGGGGUCCCACUCCGCAGCCGCAACCGCAACCCCAGCCCCAUCCGGGAUUCUCUCGGACUCCCUCGACCACGUCUUCCCACCUCGCCAGGGGCCCCAAGGUGAGCUCACGUCUCGCUUCCUCGGACGUCUCCCACGCGGAAGCCGAAGGAAUGAGGAUCCGCGUCCAGAGACCCCUGGAUCCGUCCGUGAGUGCCACCCCGGCUCCGUCCCCGGAAAAGCCCCCGUUGACCGUCUACUUCUGAUUCCCUUCCCCGUCGCGAAGUCGAGGAACGACAUCGGCCGGAAAGUCCCGAGAGAUGCCUGCCCGAAUCCCGACGCGUGUUCUUCGUCUGUGAUACCUAUCGACGACUUCGUGCCCCAGGAGUUCGCAU